AGCUACUGCAAGUCUAAACCUCAGCAGGAGAUGACUAUCUCUGUCAGCUCAACAGAUAGUCUUUGUGACAGGAUGGCUGACCAGCAUCAGGACUUCAAUAUGACAGAUGACCAUUUGGUGAGCCAAGCUAGGUGGAACCAGACAGGCUCUCCCCUCCAUAUACCACUUGAUGAUGGAUCCGAUGAACCAGGAUCUGAGGCUUCUGAUGCUAAGAGUACCCCAACUGUGGAAGAUUCAUCUGUUCCAUUAGUGGAGGAGCGAGCACAUGAGAAUUGGACUGCAGCUCGGCAACGUGCAGAGAUACCCGAAGGAACUCCAGCUGAGGAAGCAGGCAUAGUCUCUACUCCUAACCAUGAGGACCAUGCUGCAGGAGAUGCUCAAGCUCGUAUUGACAACAAAGAUAAAAAUGAGACUGGGACUGAAGAGCCAAAACCAAAGGGUCCGGAUAUGAAAAGUGCAACAAAGAUAGCUGCUCCGCGCCCUGCUGUGGCACAGAACCAGAAGAGCCCAGCUAGUGUUUCUCGGAUCCCUGCCAAAACCCCCACCAUUCCCAAGACACCACCCAGCCUUGCUGCUAAGAAGGAGCAGAGGCGACCCCCUACCACAGCAGCAAAAUCUGAGAGAGGUGAACCUGUUAAGUCUGGAGACAGAAGUGGCUACAGCAGCCCCGGCUCUCCAGGAACCCCUGGCAGUCGCUCCCGCACACCCUCCCUGCCUACUCCACCAAACAGAGAACCCAAGAAAGUGGCAGUGGUUCGCACCCCGCCCAAAUCCCCUUCUUCUGCCAAGAGCCGUUUGCAGACAGCUCCUGUCCCCAUGCCAGACCUGAAGAAUAUCAAGUCUAAGAUUGGCUCUACUGAAAAUUUGAAGCAUCAGCCAGGGGGUGGAAAGGUGCAGGUGGUUAAUAAGAAGCUGUACUUUAGCCAUGUCCAAUCCAGGUGUGGAUCAAAGGAUAAUAUCAAACACAGCCCAGGAGGAGGCAGUGUACAAAUUGUUUACAAGCCAGUGGAUCUCAGCCAUGUAACAUCCAAAUGUGGGUCUUUGGACAAUAUUCAUCAUAAACCAGGUGGUGGGCUGGUGGAGGUGAAAUCUGAGAAACUGGACUUCAAAGAUAAAGUGCAAUCGAAAAUUGGCUCAUUAGAUAACAUUACUCAUACCCCUGGAGGAGGAAAUAAAAAGAUUGAGAGUCACAAGUUGACCUUUCGUGAGAACGCCAAAGCCAAGACUGACCAUGGAGCUGAAAUUGUCUAUAAAUCGCCCACUGUUUCCGGAGAUACCUCUCCACGUCGCCUUAGCAACGUCUCCUCCACUGGAAGCAUCAACAUGGUGGACUCCCCACAGCUUGCCACAUUGGCUGAUGAAGUUUCUGCUUCCUUGGCCAAGCAAGGCUUGUGAUUGUGUUUAAGUGGGUGGAGAGAAUAAGAAGAGACAAAUCCACUCUGGCCUUUCUUCCCUUCUUUUUUUUACAUCUGCAUCCCCUGCCAUUCCUUUUUUUUUCUAUUAAUGGGAUAACUGUUUUAACCUGUUCCCCCAUUAUCAUUUAUUCAUUUAUCUCUGGUCUCAGGAUUUAAAAUUAUUAACAACUUAGAAACACCUGGUUUCCAAUUAUCUCCAUCUCCUAAAAAAAGGUCAUCAGUUCUCAGGCAAAAUUAUAUUGCUUUAGAUUUCCACCUUGAGAAAGAGGGGUGUGGUGUUUGCUGCUCCACUUGUGUAGUAGCUGGUCAAGUUUGUCCCCAUGAAGAUAGAAAAGAACCUCUCACAUUGAUGGUUUAGCAAUCUUCCUAAUCAACCCCUGUUGUUUUCCUGCUAUGUUGCAGACAUUUGUGUUAGUGUAGGUCUGGAGAAGACUUCAAAUGUACACACACACACACAUACACACACACACACACACACACUUUUCAG